CUCAUGCAGCCCGGUCAUGGCGGCACGUGUAAGUAGCGGCUGAAUGCAUUAUCGUGCUUGUCUGUAUUCAACUUAACGUUGCUGUGUUCUCGAACAUACUAGAUGCAAAAUCAAGCCAUGACCAUCCUCCCGCAAGCCAAGCUCAAAGACUCGAGAAAGGACUCGGCAUGCUCACGAGAUUCCGCAACUUUGAGAGGCUCUACGGUUUACAGCGAGAAACCGACAAGUUUCGAUGCCUCAAGGGAGAGCGUAACAGCACUACCGUCAAUUGCAGACACCCCACCAGCUGAAGAGAAGGUUUACCCGAGUGGCUUGAAGUUUGGAUUGAUUGUUUUUUCUUUGUGCUUGGCUCUUUUCCUCGCAGGUCUCGACCAAACGGUCAUCACCACCGCCGUGCCUAAAAUAACUGAUGACUUCCACGCCUUGGAAGAUAUUGGAUGGUACACUGCCGCGUAUCUUCUGACUACGGCGGUAUUCCAGCUCGCCUAUGGAAAGUUCUUCACAUUCUUCUCUAUCAAGAUCGUGUUCUUGGUAGCAUUAGCAAUCUUCGAGCUCGGAUCCCUCGUAUGUGCGACGGCACCAACAUCGACCGCCCUCAUAGUCGGCCGAUCUUUAGCUGGUCUUGGAGCUGCUGGCAUCUUCCCUGGCUCUGUUCUCAUCUUGAUGCACUCAUGUCCCCUAGAGAAACGCCCCACCUUCCUCGGGAUCAUCAAUGCCAUGUUUGGAGUUGCCUCUAUUGCUGGGCCGUUUAUUGGAGGAGUCUUUACUGACCGAGCGACUUGGCGAUGGUGCUUCUGGAUCAACUUACCCCUCGGGGCUAUUACCUUGGCCGUAGUGGCCUUCUGUGUGAAGACACCUCUGGACCCGGCAUACGCAAACUGGACGGUCAUCCAAAAGCUUAAAGAUUUUGACCUUUUUGGUCUUGUGAUCAGCAUCUCAUCCCUCAUCUGCCUUAUUCUGGCUCUUGAAUGGGGUGGUUCGAUAUACCCAUGGAGUGAUGGACGAGUGGUCGCACUACUCGUUGUUUUCAGUGUGCUGUUCUUAGUCUUCCUCGCAAGCCAAGUUUUCUUCAGCAGCUCUCGUACCGUACCGGCCCACAUUAUCAGGAACAGGAGCGUGUGGUUUGCAGCGCUCUUCGCGGCAUGCAGUUCGGGAUCCAUGUUCAUCGCCAUUACGUACCUGCCUAUCUACUUCCAAGCUAUUAAGGAUGCAUCAGCACUAAAAUCGGGCUCAAUGGUUACCCCGUUGAUAUUGGGCUUCCUCGUCAUGUGCAUGGUCUCUGGGGCGAUCACCACUAUCCUAGGAUACUACAAUCCAAGCAUGAUCGCUGGCCCAAUCCUCUCGUCUAUAGGCGCUGGUCUCAUCACUACUUUCAACGUGGACUCUCCUAGCCCUGUAUGGAUUGGAUACCAAGUUCUUCUCGGCUUUGGCAUUGGUUUCGGGCUACAACAACCGCUCCUCGUAGUUCAGACUAUUCUUCCGGAGUCCGAAGUUCCCAUUGGCGUCGCAUUGAUGAACCUUUUCCAAAUGCUUGGAGGUGCCAUAUUCGUGGCAGUCUCUCAGAACGUUUUCCAGAAUAAUCUAAAAGCCGAUAUCCAUCGGCUCUUUCCUACUUUCGACACGAAGACGCUAUUCGAUGUCGGCGCUACAGGUCUAUCGUCACUGUUCGAUGAGCAGCAGCUAAAGGAAGUUCUCCCGGUGUAUUGCAAGGAUAUUACGAAGACAUUUUACAUUGUAGCAGCUUUAUGUGCUAUGUCGAUGAUUGGCGCUUUGGGCACAGAGUGGAGGACAACGAAGAAGAAGAGCCCCGACGUUCCAAAAGCAUAAGUUCUCUUUUUUCAUCUCAUCAUAUCUAGAUACAUCAAAUGGAAAUCUGAUAAUCCACUGUCGCUGGAACACCCAUUUGCGGA